AUGACUGAGGAAAUUAUCUACGCUGAUAUAAACGUUCUGGAAGACGGGUCCCCCACCAGCCAACCCUCUCCCCUUAAGCACCACGAUCUCCGGGGAUUUGCACGCCGGCACGGGUCCAUUCUGUGGAUUGCUUUGGCUGGCAACGUGAUCCUGGCUACAGCGAUAAUUGCACUGGGCAUUCAGGUUUUCCAGGGCCGCUCCCUUCAGACGGACACUGGCGCAGUCUCAUCGGUCCCCGAGAAUGGCAGUGUUGCCCAGAGACACUCCCCCGGCAGAGAAUGCAACAGGAGCCUGGAGGACUUGGUGUCUCGCCUGAAGCAGGGUCUGUGUCACUCAGCCCAGAGCCCCUCAGCAGACGGCUCCGGCUGCAAACUCUGCCCCAUGGACUGGCUGUCACACAGGGGAAAGUGUUACUGGUUUUCCAAAGACAGCAAAAACUGGAAGGAGAGCUGUGAUGACUGCUCCGCGAAGAGCUCUCGAAAGCUAGUGAUCCAAGACCAGGAGGGGAUGGAGUUCAUACAGAACGUCACACAUGGUAAAUAUCAUGUCUGGCUCGGGCUCAGUGUUACAUCUGCAGAGAAGAACUGGACCUGGGUGGACAGCUCCGUGUUAGACCAAACUCUGUUCCCAGUAACGGGUCCUGCUGACGUGAACAGCUGCGGGGUGAUAAAAGGGAAUCGGAUUCACUCUGAAACCUGCAGUGCUGAAUUCAAAUGGAUUUGCGAGAAGGAAGCCAUGUCGCUAUAA